AUGGUCUCCAAAUACUCCAAGAUGAAGAACCAAACCAUCUCGCACAGGAACCAGAUGCAGGCGGAGCUGGAGAAGGCCAAGUUCCUUAAUGAAAAAUUCGAGGCCUAUCAGGCCCUAAUGAAAAACUCCAACCAGCAGCCUACCCCCGGUCACUACCGCACUAAAAGCGGUAGCCACAUCAAAAUCGUGUCCAACGGUACGAGUUGGACGCAACAAGAAGUUUCGGACGAGGAGCAGCAACUGCCUUUCGGCUUCGUGUGGGUGCCAUACGCAUCAAUCGACCAGACUAGAUGGCCGAUGACAAUUCAAGAGCUCUACUACAACGGAGCUCCGACGUACCAACCUGUCAUGCCACAACAAGUUGGCUUCAGCUACCUCGGCGACGAUGUCAACCAACACGGCGCCAUAUUUUCGACAUACCAGCUCAACAAGCUGACCGUUGUCGAAAACGGGCCCAACAAUGUUGGGUACCAAGCGGUUUCAACAACCGUACUCGAUCUCUCUCGCGAGCAUAUUCGCGUUUUCGAAAACGGUGUCGUCGAAGUGGUGCCGCCAGUUCCA